AUGGCUCAGACCCAAUGCCCCUCCAUGUACACCCAUAUGGGGUCCCUGACCUCCUAUGCCGAUAUUCCUGCACUGCGCAUUGCCCACGGCUACUUGGCCGCGCUGGACAGCCUCGACUUUGAAGCCCACGACCCAACCAUCUUCUUCGCCGACAAUGCCGCCUUCUUCGACUCCACAAACAGCGUCUACCGAUCGUCCGCCGCCAUCUGGACCGGCAUCAAGUCACGCUUCGGAGACUUCGAGUUCAUGCACCACCAAACAUGUUUGACUCGGGUCCUCGGCCCAGAUGUGCGCUCUCUCAAAAACGGCGAGAGGCACGUCGUCAGCGUGCAGGCAAUCAUGCUCUGCAGGCUGAAGGGUUGGGAGGAAGAAAGGAUCGUUGAGGUUCCGCGCAUGUUCGAAUUCAUCGUUGGCCCCGUCGAAGCGCCCGCACCUGCCGCGGCCGACACAGAGCCAGACGAGGGCGUUGAGCUCGACGCGGAAGCAGAGGCCCGAGAUGUACACGAGGACCAUGUCGACGCAGCACCGCGUCCCGCAAAGAGAGGCUACCAAGGCCUGCACAUCUACGAAGGGAAGGUGUGGUGGGACUCUGGCGCUCUCACAAGAGCCAUCGAAGAGAAAAAGAAGGAGGACGAGCGGCGCAGGUUCCGCGACAUCAUGACUUUGAACAACGGCUUCCUUGGCCAGAGACCCCGGCACGGCCGGUGA